AUGCCGUCCGCGACGCAACCUCUCAAUAUCCUGCUAUCAGGCUCCGGCAUCGCCGGUCCUGUAACAGCGUACUGGUUGCACCGCUUCAUGCCUACCUGCCAGAUCACCAUCGUAGAGAGAUCACCCGAACCAAGAUUAGGUGGACAAGCCGUCGAUCUUCGCUCCUCAGCUCUGCCUAUCGUGAAGAAGAUGGGAAUCCUGGAAAAGGUGAAAGAGAAGACUACUACAGAAGUUGGUAUGCAGUUCGUAUACCGAGAUGGGGAAAGGCGCGCAACGUUUGAGGCUACUGGAGAGGAGGAGAGACAAAGCGCAACAAGCGAGUACGAAAUCCUAAGAGGAGAUAUGGCACGCAUUGUCUACGAGCUCACAAUAUCCAACCCAAACAUCAAAUACGUCUUCGGCGAAAUGGCCACAGAGGUCCAACAAGACGAAUCCAAAGGCGGCAAAGCACUCGUCACUUUCGCAAACGGCAAGCUCCCACCCACGGAAUUUGACGUCGUCAUCGGCGCCGAUGGCCAAAUGUCGCGAACCCGUCGCAUCGUGUUCGGACACGGACCCAAGAACGACGACUUUCUACACCGUCUCGGCCAAUACUCUGCUCUCUUCACCAUGCCCCGUGAACCCGUAGACACCCAGUACGCACAGUGGUACAACGCCUCGCGUGGUCGCUUGUUCCUUCUAAGACCUGACCAGUACGGCACUACGCGUGCGUAUCUCGCCAUUACCGACGGGAAUCUUAGCCGCUUCGAAGAGAUAGAUAAGCUAUUGAAGAAAGGGACUAGGGAGGAGCAGCAAGCGUGGUUCGAGAAGGAGUUCGAGGGUGCAGGAUGGCAGACUGAGCGUUGUAUACGCGAGAUGAAGAGGGCGGAUGACUUCUAUAUGCAGCAGAUUGCACAGGUCAGGAUGGAUACUUGGCACAAAGGGUGUGUGGCCCUGGUGGGUGAUGCGGCGUACUGCCCCAGUCCGAUUUCUGGUGUCGGUACUGGUGCAGCAAUCGUAGGCGCAUACGUUCUCGCAGGCGAGAUCUCGCGCUCUCAAGAUGACAUCCCCACCGCGCUCACCAACUAUGAACGCAUUACACGCGAAUAUGUCGACAAGGCGCAGAAACUCAUCCCCGGAGCCCCGCAAAUCGCAAACCCACAGACGGAAUGGGGAAUCAAGGUCUUCAACACCGUGACCGGGACUUUGUCACAUCCGUUCAUCCAGAAGUUCAGUGGUGUGAUUGGAAAGAUCAUCCCAGCAUUUGGGUCAUCAAAGAUUUGGAGCCCGCCGGAGUAUGGGUUGUGA